GCAAACCUCUGGUUGUCCUUGAAACUUUUCCAUCCUGGAAAUACAUAGAAACACCAUGUUGUACUGGCACAACCAGACAGAGAAUUACUGGCCAGCUCAAACAGAGCACUGCCACCAGUAUGUCACCACUAGUGGAGCACGUGACAUGCUGCCGUUACCACUCUUCAAGCAUGAAGACUCUGCCCUUCCUUCAGACCAUGACACCAGUGCCAUCACCUUCCAGUAUGUCCUGGGUGCAGCCACAUCACCUGCUGUGAAACUGCAUGAGGAGACACUCACUUACCUCAACCAAGGUCAAUCGUAUGAGAUCCGCAUGAUGUGUAAUCAAAAUAUAAGGGGAUUGUUGGAACUGAAUGGGAAGAUGCUGAAGAGUAUAGUAAGGGUCGUCUUCCACGACAGACGCCUACAGUAUAGUGAACACCAACAGUUCCAGGGCUGGAAAUGGAACAGACCCGGAGAUCGACUGCUCGAUAUUGAUAUUCCUCUGUCAGUUGGAAUUGUGGACCCACGGGUAACCCCCAUGCUGCUGAAUGCUGCGGAAUUUUUCUGGGAUCCAAAGAAACAAACCUCUCUCUCCAUUCAGGUUCACUGCAUCAGCACAGAAUUCACCCCCAGGAAAAAUGGCGGCGAGAAAGGGGUCCCCUUCAGAAUUCAGAUUGACACCUUCAAGCUGAGUGAGAACGGAGACUACACUGAGCAUCUGCACUCUGCAAGCUGUCAGGUUAAAGUAUUUAAGCCCAAAGGUGCCGACAGGAAACUGAAAACUGACAAGGAGAAAAUAGAGAAACGGUCUCCACAGGAGAGGUCCAAGUACCAGCUGGCAUAUGAAACCACGGUGCUAACUGAGUGUUCUCCCUGGCCUGAUGCCCCACCCUGCACAAGUAUGAGCCCGGCUGGAAGUCCAGGUUAUAGCCCAGCAUCUCCGAUUCCAUUCAACAUCCCAGAAGGGAGCUGUUCAUCUCCAAACCAUCAGGUGGACGGAUCAGUGCAAAGCACAAUGGAGCAUCUGUCACCGACAUUAACAAUUCAGGAAACGCAGCAGUGGCUUCAUCUACACCGAUUCACACCCUUUUGUAAACUGUUCGCAAAUUUCUCAGGGGCCGAUCUACUGAAACUGUCACGCGACGACAUCAUUCAAAUUUGCGGCCCAGCAGAUGGAAUCAGACUUUUUAACACACUGCGACUGAGGUCCAUUCGCCCCCGCCUCACCGUUUAUAUGUGUCAGGAGCCCGCACAGGGAAAGGAUAAAGAAGGUGGCCAGGACGCCCCCAAUACCGCCGUGUGUGUUUACAAGGAGAUCUACCUGGAAGAUCUAACCAAAGCUGAACUAACCAACAAGUUGGCAGCUCUAUUCAGCAUCUCACCAAGCCAGAUCCUUCAGAUCUACAGACAGGGAGCAGCUGGGAUCCAUAUCCUGGUUGGGGAUCAGAUGAUUCAGAACCUUCCAGAUGAAUCCAGUUUUAUAAUUAACUCACUGAAAGUGGACAGCUUGGGUGGCUACUACAUGAUUUUAAAAUAGGGAGCAGAAAGCCUUUGCACCUGAAAAAGAAAUCAGUGAAGUUGUGAACUUUCAUCUUUUACUCCAAGAGCAGCAGGAGCACAGAUCAACAGAAAUUAUUGUGCAAUCAAAUCAGCAAUUGAUAAGACCAAGCAGAACCUCCUCCCAUGUCACAGCAUUGAGCAACGCAAGAAGAUUCACCUGGAGUGCUUUGGGUAGGGUACAAGGGUGUGCGUGAUAAAAUAUCAAGUUCUUCCAACAUCUGCUUGGACGUCUUAUUGACAGCAGGACGUAGCCAAUAUAAAACAAACACAAAAAACAGCCAGUUAUGUGACAUUCAUACGACAGGUUUUGUCUGAGCUAUACUGCACCCCAUUUCUAAAACUAUCCUGUUGAGGUGUGCAUACGCUUUCAGGUGGAUAUCAGAAUGCAAUGACCGCCAGACUGGGUGCAUCAUGAUACCUUUUUACAUUUCUAAGGCCUCUGAUUGAUAAUGUGCCAGCCUCUGACACCCUUUGGGCUUAUCAUGAGCUUGCAACAAGACUUCCAGAAGAACACUACAACCCAACUCAAACACUAUUGCGCAAGAGGGAAGUGAAUCAGAGAAUUACAUUAGCAAUAGUGGUCUA